GAGAUAGUUCAGGCUGUGGUAGACUUCAUGAAAGCCAAUUACCCGCCCAACUGGACGUAUCAGGACUUUGCCAAUCAAUUCACGGCUGAAUUCUUUGACCCAAACCAUUGGGCGGAUGUCUUCAAGUCAUCCGGUGCUAAGUAUGUGGUAUUGACGACCAAACAUCACGAGGGGUACACAAUGUGGCCCUCGAAGUACUCGUACAGUUGGAACGCCAUGGAUGUCGGACCCAAUCGGGAUUUAGUCGGUGACGUAUCAAAGGCUGUCCGUGCGGCUGGCCUUAAGUUCGGUACUUAUCACUCGUUAUUUGAAUGGUUUAAUCCACUCUUCAGAGCUGAUGCCGACAGUGGAUUCAAAACCCAAACCUAUGUCGACACUAAAGAAAAUCCAGAAUUAUAUGAAUUAGUGAACACAUAUAAGCCGGACCUGAUUUGGUCGGAUGGGGCCGGCGGUGGGAGCUCUCAGUACUGGAAAAGCGAGGCAUUCCUGGCCUGGCUUUACAACGAUAGUCCCGUUAAGGAUACUGUUGUCGUGAAUGACAGAUGGGGAUCUGAGACUGAUGGUCACCAUGGUGAUUAUUACAACUACGCUGACAAUUACAACCCUGGUAAGUUGAUGCCCCAUAAGUGGGAGAAUGCGGCCACACUCAUGAAGGGCUCGUGGGGUUAUCACCGCAAUAUUGAUCUCAACGGUAUUAUGAGUCCAUUGGAAAUACUCACACAACUCGCACAGACUAUUAGUUGUGGCGGAAAUAUAUUGCUUAACGUCGGGCCCACCAAAGAGGGCACUAUUAUUCCCGUUUUGGAGGAACGGCUGCGAGGACUGGGAGAUUGGCUUAACGUGAAUGGAGAGGCCGUGUAUAGUAGCCAUCCCUGGACUCAUCAAAACGAUACGACCACUAAAGGCGUUUGGUAUACCCAUAAAGACCAAGACGUUUACGCCAUUGUCUUGUUUUGGCCAAAGGAUAAUCAGGUAGAGUUGGGAUCAGUUGCAUACAAUUCAGUCAAUACUAUCCAAAUGUUGGGAGUGGAGGGCAAUCUGGACAACAAAGCCAGUGGUGAUCACACUGUGGUAACCUUCCCUCACGUCAGUCCAGAAAGUCUUAAAACGGCUUAUGUUUUGAAAAUUAACACCAAAUAAUUGACUGUAAACUUUAAUAAAUAAGUUUUUCAUAAUUUUAAUAAAUAAGUUGACAUUUAAUUUUAAUAAAUA